GCCCCGUGGUUGGGACGCGGGGAUCCGUGAGGGACAGAGGGUUGACGGGGGUUCUUUGCGUCCUCCGUCUCGGGGAGAUGCGUGUGGGGAUGUACACCUCUGUGUACGUGUGUACAACUGUACACACCGACACAGAGAGAGAGGUGGAGCAGUAUGUUGGUGAAAUUAAAGGUGGCCUGAGACCAGCCAUGAAACUCACAGUCAUAGGGAUGGUACACUCCAACCCAAAGAGUUUUUCGGUGACUCUGCUCUGUGAUCCAGUGGAUGCAAACAAAGAUGUUGGGCUGUUAUUUACAGUUAACUUCAGUGAGAAAUCCAUCACCCGAAAUGCACGAAUUGGUGGGAAAUGGGGAAAAGAAGAGAAGACUAUUCCCUACUUUCCAUUUACAGCAGGCGAUACGUUCAAGAUGGAGCUCUUAUGUGAACACCAGCAAAUACGAGUCCUGCUUGAUGGACGGCAGCUCUGUGACUUCACUCACCGCAUUCAGCCUCUGAACUUGGUUAAAGUUUUGCAGAUCUCAGGGGACAUCAAGCUUACCAAAGUGGCUUGAAAAGAGGAGACCUCAAUAUCACCAGGGAACAGAGGAAAAUGUACUUUUUCUUGUCUGAGAAAUGUUUUAUCUCUUUCCUCUGGAUGAUUCUGGAGAGUGGGAACUAUAUUUUUUUAAUUUGCUGAUGUGUUUGAGAUAUAACCUUUUUUUUCUCAUACAAAGUCAGCAAUUGCAGAGCUAUGGCUGGUCUGGGUAAAUCUUAGACUUGUUGCUGAGAUACACUUUUGGGCUCCCAAACUGCAAAAUUUGUGAUGCUGUGUGGUAUCUCACAUCCUUAUGAUUCCUUAACCUCCCAUGCAUGCCAGGUGACAGAGCUCAGUCCUCUGCAGUGGGGUGGCUGUUAGCCUUGUGACUAGAACUGGGCAUUAUGCAGGUAAUGGGGCUGAGAAAAGAGAAGCAGGAGAUUUUCUUGUAAGUCAAUAAGGGAAUCUGAUGGGCCUCAGCAAGGCUCACAUUGUCAGGAGGGAAUUGCUUUUUCUGGAAGCUCUGCUCAAUCAACACAAAGCCAUUUGGGCUUCUGAGUACAGAGCAAUAAAUUCCUUAUCAACAUCCCUGUCUCUUCCAGGUAGCUUUUCCUGAGUUGAAGGGUUUCAACAGCUGUGGAUUUCACAGUCUUCUCUGGACCAGGCCUAGGAAACAUAUCUGUAUCUGAAACUGCAUUGCCCACUUUUGUAUCUAAUUAAAACUGCAUCUUUGCUGGCAAAUUUCUUUAAAUAAACUCUGUUAAAUAUUUGAACAC